GGCAGGCGAGUUGGUGGUCGGUGAACGCUGUUCCGCCCUUCACGUUGUUCCUUUCAUCUUGCAACACACAGUAGGGAAUAUGUCUAGGGAGAUCGUCAACAUUCAGGUCGGGCAGGCGGGAAACCAGGUCGCCUAUGCCUUUUGGCAAAUGAUCCUCGCCGAGCAUGGCCUGGAUGCUAACGGAAUGUACCGUGGGGAUGACGACCAGAAAAUUGCCAGGGUUGGCGUUUACUUUUCAGAGGGCUCUGAUGGCAAGUAUGUACCUCGGUCCCUGCAGAUUGAUCUGGAGCCUGCCGUUACGGAUAAUAUCCGAUCCGGUCCUCUUGGUCAGCUCUUCAGGCCCGAUACCUUCGUGACCGGCGAUAGUGGCGCUGGCAAUAACUGGGCGAAAGGACACUACACCGACGGUGCUGAGCUCAUUGAUCAGAUUCUCGAUCAAGUGCGGAACCAGUCGGAGAAAUGCGAUGCUCUGCAGGGAUUCCAAGUCAUCCAUUCUCUCGGUGGAGGCACUGGUGCAGGGCUCGGGAGCUUGCUUCUAUCGAAGCUACGAGAGGAAGCACCCGAUCGAAUGCUUGCUACGUUCUCCAUUCUACCGAGUCCCAAAGUCUCCGACACGGUGGUCGAGCCAUACAACGCCAUGCUGUCCAUCCAUCAGAUUAUCGAGAACAGCGAUCUCACGUUUUGCCUGGACAACGAGGCAUUGUAUGAUGCCGCUGUCAGGCUGAAGAACCCAAACCCCAAUUUCGGACAUCUGAAUGAUCUCAUCGCUCAAGUAAUGUCCGGCGUCAGCACCAGCUUGCGUUUCCCUGGUCAGCUGAACGGCGACCUACGCAAACUGGCCCUUAAUCUGAUUCCAUUCCCUCGUCUUCACUUUCUUGCUCCCGCUUACGCCCCUCUCGUGCCGCCGGGCUCGCAGUCCUUCCAGUCAUUGUCAAUUCCUGAGCUCACAGCAUCCUUGUUUGACCGCCGCAAUCUGCUUGUAGCAUGUGAUCCUAGGCUCGGAAGGUACUUGACUGCCGCCACGAUCUACCGCGGCAAACUGUCGUCACGUGAGGUGGAGGCGUCCGUUCAGCAAUUGCAGGCAAAGAAUUCCAGCUCCUUCGUGGAGUGGAUCCCGGACAACGUGUCCGUUACUCUUUGCUCUGUUCCUCCUAUUGGCAAGAAACAAGCUGGCGUGUGCCUGGCUAAUACUACGGCGAUCCAGGAGGUUUUUAAGCGCACACAGGAGCAGUUCGCUGCCAUGUUCAAACGCAAGGCGUUCUUGCACUGGUACACGGGCGAGGGUAUGGAUGCUAUGGAGUUCAUGGAGGCCGAGUCUAACGUGGUCGACCUGAUCAAUGAGUAUCAGCAGUACCAGGAAGCAUCUGCUGAGGAAGAAGAAUACGAAGACGAGGUUGCGGACGAAUAACAAUGAUGGACGAUCUGGCCUGGAUGAAUCAUGACUUAUCUUGUGAUGACGGAUGUACAGAUACCCAUUGUUACUUAUUGUCUUGACUCUCUUCUUGCUGGCCGAGUUGUUAGAUAAUUGUGAAGGAAAUACCAUGAUCGGAAAUGUAAUCCCACUAAAAUAGAAGUGUUCCAAUGGAC